CCUGAGGUGUGAGUGUGUGUGCGGUUGUCUGUCUUUGUGUGCCGGCCCUUUGAUUGGCUGGUGAGCGGUCCAGGUUGUGAACCCACCUGUCAGCUGGGACAGGCUCCGGCCCCCCGUGACCCUGAGGCAUACACGGUAUAGACAAUGGAUGGAUGUUGAUUUGACUGUUCAAGAGGGACAAGAAUGGAGCUCUGGGAGUCCGUCUUCUGGAGAGAGGAGACACGUUUGGACCAGUGAAGCAGUGUGUCUGCGGUAAGACGACCAGACGACAUGCAGACUGUUCAGAGACCUGCAGAAACGUGAGUGUGCAGGACCUGGUACCGAUGCAUGUGCAGGACCUGGUACCGAUGCAUGUGCAGGACCUGAUACCGAUGCAUGUGCAGGACCUGGUACCGAUGCAUGGUUGUCCUCCUGUGAAAGGAGAAUCAGCAGAAUGCGUGGAUUUCCAGGAACUCGUGGAGAGAAUCCUCAGGGAGCAGGCUCAGCAGGUCCUGCUCAGAGCCAAGCGUUGACUCAGAGCCACACUGACCCAGAUCUGAUGGAGGGUCUGUUCAUGAGGCCGUGAUCUGCUGGAGAGAAGGUGACCAACGUGAGCUACUGGACUUCACAUGUCGUGCUCUUCAACACUGGAGGUGGACAGGUAAACAGGCAGACGGACAGGUAAACAGGCAGACGGACAGGUAAACAGAGAGACAGACAGGUAAACAGGCAGACAGACAGGUAAACAGGCAGACAGACAGGCCUAGUUAUGCCGCUCUUAUGAAACAGCAGAUGUAGGUGAGACUGAUCUGAGCUGCCUGUACGUCUGUAAGAUUAGUACACAGCGUGUGUGUGUUUGGGUCUCACAUCCUGCUGUGUUAGAAAGUGCCUCUUCAGCACCCUCACACACACACACACACACACACACACACACACCCUCGCGGGUCAUCAGGUGUGUGUUAAUCCUCAGCUCUCACUGUGUGUCCUGAACACAAACCCAAAGCAGGUUUCAUGUCUUUGUUUGUCUUCGUCUGCGUCUCUUCUGUUUCUCCCACAAUGCAACACUGAACAGACGUUUUUAUCCGUUUUUAAGCUGAUGACAUCUUGUGUGCCGUCAGCUCACACGAACCUCCUCUUGAUCUAAUUUGUUUGAAGCUCCAAACAGACAAAAUGUUCCUGCUGGUGGGAAUCUAUUAGAUAUAUUACGGUAUCACUGGGGUUCUCAAGUUCUACGUUCUGUGGAGGCGUCCAGAGAAACCUGUGGGUUUAUUUAAGCUGACGAUGCGUUUCACUUCCAGGAGUGAGUGGGAGAUUAUGGCAGAAUUACACCCUCUGACUGAAAUCAAACAUUAUUCUGCUUUUUAUCCAGUAAAAACUCAACUCCCCUCAGCUGAUCAGUUGGUUUCUGUUUGAUGUUGUUGUCUGCCACAGAAAACUGCCUCCAGACCUGCUGAAAAAGUCUUAAAACAUGAAAUACUUUUACCGUAAAAGUAAGUGAUGAACAUCAGUGUUUUAUUGAUGUUUAUUUAUUUAAUGUUUUAUCUGACAGCAUGCAGAAAUACAAUGUGAGCAUUUCUUCUUUAUUCUGAAAGUAAAAGAUUUAUUGAUUCAAAAUGACUGUAAAGAAACAUUUUUGCUUUUUUUUUCUGAUGAGGAGAUCAGCGCGUUGCCGUGGUAACAGCAUUUACCAGAGUUGACGACUGAAGUAUUUGUACUGCGAAUUCAAAUUGAACUAAAUACGUCAAGUGGCUCGUCAAAGUGGUGGCUCAGAUAAAAACAGGUUUAUUUUUUUUUAAGUUUUCCUGUGUAUUUUAAAAUAAAUGUUAUUAACAUUCUUAAUAUUUACGCCCCCAAAUGUUUUUCCAGGCUUCAGGAUUAUUGACGCUGGGGAGAAGAACUAAACCCCUUCACUUGUUUUGUCUGAAAAUAAAAAGCUUUCCAGAACCGACACAGAGAGCUUCAUCUGAGCGUUAAAAUAUCAGAUUUCAUCAGAAGUAGAAAACUAACUUUUAGCUUCCACUUCGUUUCUGUGAUUUGAUAAGAAGCAGGCUGGCCAGCUGCUCGUUUUCCUGAUUUUCUGAAAGCCUCAGUGGCCUACAUCUGUCUCUGUCCAAAUCAAUAGAGAUGAUAGAAGAAGAAGUCAAUCCCCUGUACAGACCGGUCAUGAUGCUCCUCACUGAUUGGCUGGUGCCGUUAGCCCCGCCCACCCCCCCGUGGUGUGUGAUGACAGGAGACAGAUAAAUAUCUCCUCCCGUCUUCACGUCUGUCUCUGUCCAUCUUUCUCUGCAGGGAACUUGAGCUCUUCUGGAAGUUUCUCUCUCAGUUUCCCAGGUGUGUUUGAACGCACCACUGAGGACUUUGGUUCUUGCUGGAUUUGUCAGGUACACAGCGGCAGGUGUGAAGUGUGUGGCUGCUGAAGCUGAUCUGGGAUCAGGGUCAGGAUGGAGCUGAAGGACUUGUGUCUGACAGACGACUGUCACUUCCUCAGUCCACAGCGCCUCGUGGACUCCUCCUCCUCCUCCUCCUCCUCCUCCUCCCUUGCUGAUGAAGCUCGGUCUCCCGCCUCUUUCCUCCACUCCUCCCCCCUCAGUCCAGCCUUCCCCCUGGACCCCACGCCUGCUCUCAGCCCCUCACACCCGGCCUUCCUCCUGCCCAGCCCGGCUUCCUCCUCCUCCUCUUCCUACAGCGUCCUCUGUGGAGCGCCGGAGCCCGACUCUCCAACGGGAUCUAGUUCCAGUGGAGGAAGUGUCGGAGGCGGCGCCGUGGUGUCAGAGGCUUCAGUUCGCUUUUCAGUGGCGGAGACGGGAUCGUUUUCAGCGCAGGUGGACUCCAUCCUGAGGGGCGACUACCUGACGCCGAUGGGCGCCGCGGGGCCGAAGAGGCUCUGCCUGGUGUGUGGAGACUUCGCCUCGGGGUAUCACUACGGGGUGGCGUCCUGUGAGGCCUGCAAAGCCUUCUUCAAGAGGACCAUACAAGGCAACAUCGAGUACAGCUGCCCGGUGACGAACGAGUGCGAGAUCACCAAGCGGAGGAGGAAGGCCUGUCAGGCCUGCCGCUUCCAGAAAUGUCUGCAGGCCGGGAUGAUGAGGGAGGGCGUUCGCUUGGACCGAGUCAGAGGAGGACGGCAGAAGUACAAGAGGCGGGUGGAGCCUGGGCUGAGUUUGUACAGUAAAAGUGCACACCUCCACCCCGUCAGCAGCCGUGAGUUCACGCGCACGUUUUCCACUUCCUGUUUUCAGCUUCAGCCACACUUCCUGUUCCUUCUUUUAAUUAUUACCUGUCUGUUAGGAAACAAGGUGAUCUCUCAUUUGCUGCUGACGGAGCCCACCCCGCUGGCCGCCAAUCAGGACGAUUCCACCAAUGACGGCAGCCUGCGGACCCUGCUGACCCUCUGUGACCUGCUGAACCGGGAGCUGCUGGUUCUGAUUGGCUGGGCCAAACAGAUCCCAGGCUUUUCCAGCCUCUCAUUGGUCGACCAGAUGUCACUGCUGCAGAGCGGUUGGAUGGAGGCGCUGCUGGUGGGCGUGGCCUGGCAGUCGCAGGGCACGGCGGGGGAGGAGCUCGUGUUCGCCAGAAACCUGCGGCUGGACGAGGCUGAGUGUCGAGCCACGGGAUUGGCUGACCUGUACGAGGCGCUGCGUCACCUGACAGCAAAAUACCAAGCGAUGAAGCUGAGCCUCGAGGAGGCGGUGACGCUGAAGGCCUUGGCACUUGCCAACUCAGACGCUGACCCAGUAGACUGUCCGGAGUCGGUGCAGAGGUUUCAGGACGUGCUCCACGAGGCCCUGCAGGAGUACGAGUCGUCGCGCAGAGAGCAGCGCCGGGCGGGUCGGCUGCUGAUGAGCCUCCCCCUGCUGCGACAGACCGCCCAGCGAGCUGUGCAGGUCCUCCUCCGGCUGCACCGCCUGCGCCGCGUCCCCCUCCACAAACUGCUGCUGGAGAUGCUCGAUGCCAAAGCCUGAGAUCGGGGUCAUCAGACCGAGACCCGGUCAUCAGGAGGAGGAGGAGGGGCUUCAUCAGGCUGAGGCUGCUGACUCACAUCAGGUUCCUGAACUCUGAUGAACCCCCAUCUUAGCUCCCCCACAGUAGAAGGUCCUCAGUCCCAGCUCCACUCCGAGCUCCCUCCAGGUGAACAAAGCUCCUCGCCGGUUCCCUGCGGCUCAGCCCAGACUCCUUACGGAGGAAACGCGUUUUGGCCGCUUGUAUACACAACCGCAUACUGUCUGCACAGCACCGUACUGCAUUCUGAUGAAGCCAUCAUCUGAAGUGGAUUCUGAGGUCCUCCGUCGCCGGCAGACCCCGUAACGCUGAGGCUAUGAAAAUACUCACCCAUAAGACUGUUACUGUAGGUAUUAAGCUAGUUAGCUGCACAUGCUAACAUCGCAGUGCGAACUCU